AUGUCACGGCUAGGCUCAUGGGUAGACCAUAUUAUCAUACAGGCAGUUGCGAAUGCAAAUAAUUUAAGAAUUCACAUCACAGAAAGUGCACAAAAUUUUACUGAAUCUACAGUUAUAACCCCUAUUUAUGCUCAGGGAAAUGUAAGAGAUAUGUAUAUCGGACAUCUUGACGAGUUGCAUUAUGUUUCUACAACGCCAGUUGAACAGUUUGCUUCUGAACAAAUAGGAAAUCAGAUAGCAACUAAUAUAAACAGAAACCAAACCCACAAAAUUCACAAUCUAAUAGUAACAAAAGUAUCUCGGACUGUCUCAAUGAAAUAUUUUCAAAAAAGAAAAGAAUACAUGAAGGAAUAUAUGAAAAAAAGAAAAUCGAACAACGAAUUUAAAAAAAAGAAAGCGAGAGAAGAAAGUCAUAUAAUAGAAAUAUAAAAACUCGAAUUCUGAGAAAAUUAAGCAAUCUUGGCCAAAAGCCACUGCAACAUACAGACAAUCAAAUCCUGAAAAAGUAAAAGAGAGUUUUAAGACAGCCACUGCAACAUACAGACAAUCAAAUCCUGAAAAAGUAAAAGAGAAUUUUAAGGCAGCCGCUGCAACAUACAGACAAUCGAAUCCUGAAAACGUCAAAGAAUCAAAUCAAACAGCCACUGCAACAUACAGACAAUGAAAUCCUGAAAAAGAAAAAGAGAGUUUUAAGACAGCCACUGUAACAUACAGACAAUCAAAUCCUGAAAAAGUAAAAGAGAAUUGUAAGGCAGCCAUUGCAACAUACAGGCAAUCGAAUCCUGAAAAGGUCAAAGAAUCGAAUCAAACAGCAACUGCAACAUACAGACAAUCAAAUCCUGAGAAAGUAAAAGAGAGUUUUAAGACAGCCACUGCGACAUACAGACAAUCAAAUGCUGAAAAAGUAAAAGAGAAUUUUAAGGCAGCCACUGCAACAUACAGACAAUCAAAUCCUGAAAAGGUCAAAGAAUCGAAUAAAACAGCCACUGCAACAUACAGACAAUCAAAUCCUGAAAUGGUCCAAGAAUCGAAUAAAACAGCCACUGUAACAUACAGAAAAUUAAAUCUUAAAAAGGUUGCGGAAUUGUCAAAAUUGUCAAGUAUUACGUACCAGCAGAGCUAUUUGGAAAGAGUUAAAGAUACUCAAAAAAGGCAAUAUAUUAAAAGAAAGUUAGAUUGUAGUGAAAAUGGAACAAAAAUGAUUAAAUACAAGAAGGUAGAAGAUAAUCCGAAUGGCAAUUCAUGUGAAGCUGGGCAGAUACCUGGUAACACUGACGAUUCGAGACAACAAAUCGACGUAACAAAGGCAACUGAGUUACUUCAUAAGAACAUUAGUGUUGGACCAGAAUAUAUUUGCACCUGUUGUGACCAAUUAUGGUAUAGAUCAUCUGUUACUGAGCGCAAUGUUUCUUAUGUAAAUCUUGUUCAAACGAAAUCCUUCACUUAUGUCUUAAUGGUCUAA